AUAUUUUUAGAUACGCGCAUUCUAUAUUUCUAUGUAUGUAAAGAAGAAUUGGAAUUUUAUUUAGUCAUUUCUCGUCAAUAGGUGGAUGAACAGAAGGGCGACUCAGCAGCCAUGGAAGUGUUGAAGCUGGCUUUGGCAAUGAUGGCAGUGCUAGCAGUGUGUGCCAGGGCGGAGUAUGUUAGGCCUCCGCCUCGGAAGACGCUGUCGUUUCCGUGGAGCAAGAAGGCUUCUUCUGUGCCUGAACAGGUUCACAUCUCCUUAGCUGGGGAGAAACACAUGCGCAUCACAUGGGUCACUAUGAAUGCUCAUUCCCCUUCUAUAGUUGAAUACGGGACAUCACCGCAUAACUACAGCUUUCGCGCACAAGGAUACAGUGCUAGUUACAAUUAUCUCCUCUACACCUCUGGAACGAUACACCACACGGUUAUUGGUCCUCUGGAAGACAGUGCAUUGUAUCACUACCGAUGUGGCGGUGAAGGUCCUGAGUUUCAGCUGAGAACCCCACCUUCUCAGCUCCCAAUCACUUUUGCUGUGGUGGGUGAUUUAGGGCAGACAGAGUGGACCAAGUCUACUUUGGACCAUAUAGAGCAGUGCAAAUACGACGUGCUCCUGCUUCCUGGAGACCUAUCGUAUGCUGAUUAUGUGCAGAGGAGCUGGGACACGUUCGGGGAGCUUGUGCAGCCUCUUGCGAGCUCAAGACCAUGGAUGGUGACUCAAGGGAACCAUGAGGAGGAGCGCAUACCGUUGCUGGAACACAGUUUCAAAUCGUAUAAUGCGAGAUGGAAGAUGCCCUAUGAGGAGAGUGCAUCUGGUUCGAACCUUUAUUAUUCUUUUGAAGUGGCUGGAGUUCAUGCUAUCAUGCUUGGAUCAUACACUGAUUAUGAUGAGAAUUCCGAGCAAUACGCUUGGCUGAAGGCUGAUCUUGCAAAAGUGGAUCGUAAACGCACGCCCUGGUUAAUUGCGCUCUUCCAUGUUCCAUGGUACAACAGCAAUGAGGCUCAUCAAGGCGAGGGCGAUAGCAUGAAGGCAUCCAUGGAAAAGCUGCUUCAUGCUGCAGGCGUAGAUGUGAUGCUUGCUGGCCAUGUUCACGCCUACGAGCGCACAGGUCGCGUCUACAAUGACAAACGAGAUCCUUGCGGAGCUGUCCACAUCACCAUUGGCGAUGGUGGAAACCGAGAAGGUUUGGCAAAUGCUUACCUGAAUCCCCGGCCCGAGUGGUCUAUCUUCCGGGACGCGAGCUUUGGCCAUGGCGAGCUGACUAUAGUCAACUCGAGCCAUGCACUAUGGAGUUGGCAUAGGAACGAUUACGAUGAACCGGUUAGAUCAGAUCAAGUCUGGAUAACCUCAUUGCUCGACUCCGGAUGCCUCGGCGACGCUCACCGGAGCCUUCAGCCGGAGCCGUAGAACGGGUAUGUAGUUUUUUUAGCUGAUCUAUGUGAAUAUAUAUAUAUAUAUAUAUAUAUGAUGCUACACAAUAUGUUACAUAUGGUGCAUUUUAUUAUCUGGUGUGGCUAAAUAUUAGGUAAAGAAAAAAAGUAGAAUUAAAAUUUGAAUUGAAGCCGAGUUGAAUCUUGAAGUUCCCAUUUAUUCUUGAUUCUUUUCCACUCAUGACCUUUUUUAAAAAAAAUAAAAUAAAAUAAAAUAAAAUUAUAUACAUAAAUUUAAAACUAGAAGUAUUUAAAUUCCUUAUGUGAAAUUAUAGUGGAUGGAUUUAUAGUUGAUUGAAGGCUCUCUUUAAAUAAAAAAUAUGUAUUCACAUUUGAUAUAAACAAAUUUGAAUGUUUCUAUGGAAAAUAAAUUUUUAAUAUAAUAUUUUUAAUAAAAAUAAGUAUUUGAUUUAAUUAUUUUUUUGUUAAUUUUUUCGAAACAAUCUUUAUAGAGUUGUCCAUAACCCUGUCUUGUUGUUUGCGUCAAUGUGCCCAAACGGGACAUAAAUGUAAAUUCUAAUCUAUAUGUGGUCUCUAUAAAUGAUUGAACUAUUUGAUUCGAUGAAUUUAUGGUGUGUUAGCUCAACAAAUUAAUAAAUGUUUAAUAAAAUAAUUAUAUUAUGACUCUGUCACAAAUCGUGCUAUAUGCAACAAGUUUGGUGGAGGAUGACGAUCUAUAUGUCACCAACUCAACUCAUUAUUGAAUCAUUUGAUUCAAGUACAUCUAUUUACAUAGAGAGUUUGAAAAUUUUUUUGCACUAUUCAUCUAUAAUAAUUUUUAUUAUAAAUAUCAUAUGGAAAAUUCUCACCCAGUGAUCAUAAUUUUAAGACUUUUGUAACAUUAAUAGUCAAUGGUCGUAAGCACAUAAUUUCAGUUAUUAAACUGGGACGUAUGCAAGCAGGCACGUAUUCUGCUUACAUCAUAUAUAUAUAUAUAUUUUUCUUCCCAUUCUCUUUCUUAUGACACAUCAGUUUUCUCUCUUCUUAAAGAAUUCUAAUUAUAUUUUACACUGACGAUGAAGAAUCUAUUAAAAUCUC